UGUUUGACGCUUGUUUUCAAGUCCUUUGCGCAGUUCCCGUCCCAGGUGUGUCGUCUCCCGGCGUCCCGGUCUGCGAGCACCUGCGGCAGCCCCCCCCACACCUGAACAUGGCGGAACGCUCGCAAGCCCAGGGCCGCAGCACGUGGGGGACGGAACGGGCCGGCUCCCGCUCCCACGCCCCGAGUCCCGCUCACCGGGGCGCACGCCGGCGCGGGGUCGGCCGCGCGGGGGAUGGGGCUCACGUGCCGUGAGACCGCGCCUCCCAGCCCUCCCCACCCACGCCCGGGGAAGAAGGAGGCCCACGUGACAGGCCCCGGAACGUGGCUCGGACAGCACCUGCGCGGCCCUGGGGGCGGCCGGCGCCCUGGACCGGACCACACCACAUCAGCACCCGUGAUGAUGGGUCGCUGCCUCCCUGCCGACCAUGGGGCCACCGAGCACAGGUCCGCCCAAACCCUCACACUGAACCCGACGCCCGUGGCCGAGCGCCCGCGCCCAGGAGCCCACGGGGAGUCAGAGCCGGCUGCAGGCAGCCGGCGCGGCCCGGCCACAGGUGCAGAAGCUCGCCUCUCGGGGAGACGCCUCACAGGUGAGCGUCCUGGGCGCCUGAGCUCGUGCUGCGGUGCUAACGAGCACGGCGUGCGAGCCGGGUGUCCGAGCCAGGUGUCCGAGCCAGGUGUGCGUGCCGGGCCGCCCCAAUAAGAGCCGGCAGGGGAAGCAAACGCCUGUGACCCUCAGAGACCGCAGGACUGCAGGCCCGGAGGGUCCUGGGGACAGGCAGGCAUCACACACACACACACACACCUCACACACACGAGGGCACACGCAGCAGACCAACUGCACGCACACGUCACACCCUGAGCAGCAGGAGCACGAGGGAAGGGAGGGACCAGCGGCGUUCCAACGCCCACAGCCAGAGCUUCCGCCCCCUGGGGCCCCGGCAGGACGUCUGUCUGGAGAACCCAGAGGCACAGAGGGUGUGAAGGACGCGCACAGGCAGCCCAGUCCCCACCGACACGCACCGACACGCAGGAAGGGUGCAGCGCUGAGCGAACCGGCCAGGGAGCGUGGCCUGCCCGGGAGCUAGAGAGGAGGGCACGCACCUCGACCCUGCGAACGACUGCUUUCCCCCGGGCGCACGAGCACCCGGCUGCAGCGUGAAGGGAGGAGACGGGCUGUCGGGCAGGAGGGGGCUCUGGGCCCCACGGCCCUGCGGUCGGCGGGGGGGGGUCAGACGGGAGGCCGUCUGGACGCGGCAGCCCCCCUCUGGGGCAGCGAUGAGGACACAGGUCGGCCCGGGCCGGUGCGUGGAGAUCGGCAGGAAACCCCGGGCUCUGGUCC